AUGGGGAGAGGCGGUCAGAGGCGCGCUGCCGCUCUGCGUCCUCCCCGCUCCCCGCCGCCGACUCCCGGCCCACCACGUUGCCGCUGCUCCCCGGUCCCCCAUGCCGCACAGUCCGCCUUCGCGACCCGGAACCGCCCCGUGUGCCGGUGGGGGGCUCCCCGAGGGGCUCUGCAGGGGCCUUGGGGCCGGGACCCCGGGAGUGCGGCCCGACCAAGGGCAGGGCCCCUCCAACACGGCCGUUGUCCCUCCGCCCGACCACCCGAGCGCCUCCCGCCACCCGCGGCCACGGCCCCGCGGGCUCCAAGCCCCGCCAAUCCCGGCCCGAGGCAGCGUCCGGCCCGCCAAUCCCGGCCCGCCUUUCUCGGCGCCGUCCAAUCACGGCCCGCCUUUUCAAUGCGGCAGCGGUCCCGCAAGCUCUGCCCGCUCAGCCGCGGCGCGGCCCCUCCGCGCCGCCCCCUCGUUCCCCUCAGGCGCUGCUGGGACCACGGAAGGGCGCCGCGGCGCGGCACCGCCCCCCUUGCCCACGUUCCUCUCAGGCGCUGCAGGUGCCGGCGCCUUUGCUUCCGGAGCCGCGCCUGCCCUGCCGCAGCCCCCGACAGGCCAUGUUGGGACCAGGGAGGGCGGGUGUCACAGCUCCGCGCUCACGUCCCGUCCGGGAGUUCUUCCGGGAGGCGGGGAGGGGGCGGGAGCGGCGGCGGCCCUUUCAAUGGGGCCGCGGUCGAGCAAGCUCUGCCCGCUCAGCUGCGGCGCGGAGCCGCCCCCUUCUCCACCUCGCCCCCCGCGUUCCCCUCAGGCGCCGGUCUCGGCGCCUUUGCUUCGGGAUCCGGCGAAGCCGCGCCUGCGCUGCCGCGGCGCCCGCAGGCGCUGUUGAAAGGGCGGGUGGGAGGUCCGCGGUCCCGUCCCAUCCGGGAGUUCUCCCGGGAGAAGGGGAGGGAGGCGGGGAGCGGGCGGGAGCGGAGCAGCCCCUGGGAGCGGGGCCUGAGGGGACAGCGGGGUUCUUGGGGACGGGCAGGGCGGGAACGGGUAGGCGGGGAUUGGCGGGGCCGGACGCUGCCGGGGGCUGGGAUUGGCUGGGCUGGCACGAGGGGGGCGGGGCUGUGCGGGCCGCGGGCUAUAAAUGGGGUGGGCGGGGGGCUCUCGGGGCAGUUCGGCGGCGGGGCUGGGGGCGGCGCAGGAGCUGCGGGAGCCGGCGCGGGAUCGGCGCGGCCGCUGGGCCGAGGAGCGGCGCCCCGGACUGCAGAGAUACCCAGGAGCAGCUUUAGGCAGAGGCAGCAGAAAGCUGAGGCAGAGACAGCAGAAAGCUGAGG